AUGUGUCUGUCUGCCUGCCUUUUCGUAUCUAUCUACGUAUCUAUGUUAGUCUUUUCAUAUCUAUGUGUUUAUCUCAAUUUUUUCACAUAUCUAUCUAUCUAUCUAUCUAUCUAUCUAUCUAUGUCCGUCUCCUCAUAUUCAUCUAUCUAUCUAUCUAUCUAUCUAUCUAUCUAUCUAUCUAUCUAUGUCCGUCUAUUCAAAUCUAUCUAUCUAUCUAUCUAUCUAUCUAUCUAUCUAUCUAUCUAUCUAUGUUUUCCAUAUCUAUCAAUCUGUCUAUCUAUGUUUUUUCAUAUCUAUCUAUCUAUCUAUUCAUCUAUCCAUCAUCUAUCUAUCUAUCUAUUCAUCUAUCUAUCUAUCUCAGUCUUUCCAAUAUCUAUCUAUCUAUCUAUCUAUCUAUCUAUCUAUCUAUCUAUCUAUCUAUCUAUCUAUCUAUCUCAAUUUUUUCUAUCUAUCUAUCUAUCUAUCUAUCUAUCUAUCUAUCUAUCUAUGUUAAUUUUUUCAUCUCUAUGUAUGUCCGUCUAUUCAUAUCUAUUUAUCGAUCGAUCUAUGUGUUUUUCAUAUCUAUCUAUCUAUCUAUCUAUCUAUCUAUCUAUCUAUCUAUCUAUCUACGUUUUUCAUAUCCACCAAUCAAUCUAUCUAUGUUUUUUCAUAUCUAUCUAUAUCAGUCUUUCCAAUAUCUACAUCUAUCUAUCUAUCUAUCUAUCUAUCUAUCUAUCUAUCUAUCUAUCUAAAUUUUUUCAUCUCUAUGUAUGUCCGUCUAUUCAUAUCUAUUUAUCGAUCGAUCUAUAUGUUUUUCCUAUCUAUCUAUCUAUCUAUCUAUCUAUCUAUCUAUCUAUGUCCGUCUAUUCAUAUCUAUCUAUCGAUCGAUCUAUGUGUUUUUUAUAUCUAUCUAUCUAUCUAUCUAUCUAUCUAUCUAUCUAUCUAUCUGUGUGA